UCCUAUUCCGUGUCUGAGCGGCCAUGCAGCCUCCUCUGCCAAGCAAUAAGCGCUGCCCUGAAGCGCGAAGGGGACGAAAGGAAAUUACAGGAUGCUAUCAGCAAUUGAGUUCAAUUGGGGUUGAAUGAACAUCAUGUAAACCUGAAUGGAUUUAAACCAAGUAGUGGUUAUUUAUUUUGCUCCAACAUCCUCCAGUUUUCUUCUGGACUUAUUCAUCCAAAAUGCGGAAGAUGGUUCCAGUUGUGUGCUUUGCGACGAUGUUGCUCCAGGUGGCUCACUCGGCUCAGGGCCGGUACGCUCAACAGCUGCUCACCGACCUGAUGGAGAACUACUCAAACGCCCUGCGGCCGGUGGAGGACACAGACAAAGCCUUGAACGUAACACUGCAGAUCACUCUCUCCCAGAUCAAAGACAUGGAUGAGAGGAACCAGGUAUUGAUAGCGUACCUGUGGAUCCGUCAGACGUGGCACGAUGCCUACCUGAGGUGGAACAAGGAGGACUACGAUGGCCUGGAGGUCAUACGGAUCCCCAGCAGCCUGGUGUGGAGGCCUGACCUCGUCCUCUAUAACAAGGCGGAUGAUGACUUCUCAGGGCCGCUAGACACGAACGUGGUGCUGCGCUAUAAUGGGGAGAUUACAUGGGAUGCUCCGGCCAUCACCAAGAGCUCCUGUGUGGUGGACGUGUCCUACUUCCCCUUCGACAGCCAGGAGUGCAACCUCACCUUCGGCUCCUGGACAUACAACGGCAACCAGGUUGACAUCGCUAUGGGCAUGGACAGCGGGGACCUGUCUGAUUUCGUGGAGAACGUUGAAUGGGAAUGCCACGGCAUGCCGGCCACCAAGAACGUCAUUAUGUACGGCUGCUGCUCCGACCCCUACCCUGACAUCACCUACACCGUCCUGCUCCAGCGCCGCUCCUCCUUCUACAUCUUUAACCUUCUCCUGCCUUGCUUCCUCAUCUCCUUCCUGGCUCCGCUGGGCUUCUACCUGCCGGCUGACUCUGGGGAGAAGGUGUCCCUGGGGGUCACUGUGCUGCUGGCCCUGACUGUCUUCCAGCUCAUGGUGGCCGAGAGUAUGCCGCCGUCUGAGAGUGUGCCGCUUAUUGGAAAGUACUACAUCGCUACCAUGACGAUGAUCACAGCCUCCACGGCUCUCACCAUCUUCAUCAUGAACAUCCACUUCUGUGGGGCCGAGGCCAAACCCGUCCCCCACUGGGCCAAAGUCCUCAUCAUCGACUACAUGUCCAAGAUCUUCUUUGUCUACGAGGUGGGAGAGAACUGUGCCACUGCCACCUCUUCCUCCUCCUCCUCAUCACAUUUUGGCCAGGACGAUGUCCACCAACCCAACUUCAGCCCCCACCGCCAGGCCAAUGGGAAGCCGGGGGGCAACAGCGGGCGAGAGAACCAGUACCGCCACAAACACCCCAGACCCCAGACUCCUGGACCUCAACGUCACCCCAAGCCCCGACACCAACACCACAUCACCAGAGACGAGAAGAACCAUCUCUCCAGCUCCAAAUACGAGGGCUUUGAGUCCAACAGGAACCUCCCCCUGGGGGACUGCUGCAAGGAGGCUCCGCCCUGCUGUCCGGAGGAUGAAAAGACAGCCGUGGUCGCUGCUGCGGUGGCCUCAGUAACCUUUGGCCCCUGUGUGUUCUGUAGUCACGGCAGCAGCUUACCCGGGGUGGACUCCAAGCUGGUGCGGAACGUGGAGUACAUUGCCAACUGCUUCCGGGAGCAGAGGGCCACCUGCGCCAAGGGGGCGGAGUGGAAGAGGGUUGCCAAGGUGAUGGACAGGUUCUUCAUGUGGAUCUUUUUCAUUAUGGUCUUCCUCAUGAGCAUUCUGAUCAUCGGCAAGGCACCAUGACAAUGCUGGCCACCCACGUGUUGUUAUUGGAGACUGUUCUGCGCACGGUUUCCCAAAAGCAUCUUAAGGCUAAGUUCUUUGUUAGAACCAUAUGAUCCUAUGGUUCUAAGAUAAACUAUGGUUCUAAGAUAAACUUAGCCUGGUGCUUUUGGGAAACCAGGCCCUGUUCUUUUGUUCAUCAAGAAAGCAUUUUUCAUGUAUAUUAUGUGUGUAAUAUGUCUUACUGAUGAAACUGAAGAAGGUGCAAAGAGAGAUGGCUAUUUUGAUAGAUAUCUAUGUUAUUUCCUCAUUUCUGUUAACCUGAUUGGAGUAUUAACAUUUCGACAAAUACAUUGAACUGCAUUGUGGAGGAAAAACUAUAUUGCACUCAUGAUGUCCGGAUUAUCAUAAGCACGAUCAGUUACUGAAGUUUGUCAAUUCAUUUCACUCUUUCUUUUCAUCUCUGUACAGAAAAUACGUUAUAUAAAAAAAACCAUAGCAAAUACUGUGUAUAAGUAAACUCAAAUAUCACUACAAGUGUAUACUAUACUGUGUGUGAAUGAACAGCACACUCCAUACAUCCUCCCCAUACUAAUAUCGCCACAUGUCCCCACUAAAUAACAACAUUAGAACUAUCACGUAUCACUCACCAGUCUGAAAUCAGACUCCAGGGGCUUCAGCGACAAAUGACCCGCUCCGGAUCCACACGGCCGGAAUCAUUUUUCACUUCAAAAUCAUGCAGUGAAUAGUUAAUGACUGCUUUGUUUCCAAACAGGCACUGUAAAGAUGUAAGGUAAUAUGGAACAUAAAUUAUGCAACACAAUGAGUUUGCCCCCUCCAACAACACAUACCAACAUCCAGGUGUGUGUGUGUAUACUGUAUGUUUGUGUGUGUUGGCAGGAAGUGGUUGGGGGGGGGGGUGUGGUUUACUUUGGACUCAUCUGCACACCUCCUAGAAGUAGUCAACCACUCAAAGGAUAAAGUAUUUGAACAGAGUGCCUCCCUUAUUUGUCCCUAUGGAUCCUUGUACAGUUUUGAGUUUUUAUUUGCAGAAUUGUCGCUACUACCUUGUAUGUCCAGCAGAGGGCAGACAUCGCUCACCAAUUAUCCUCUUGAACGGCACAGAAAAUAGGAGACAGUGAAUUUGAAAUCAGAUGUCAUUACAACAGCCACCUUUAAUACUUUACACAUCCAUAAUAAAAAGCUAAUUUUGAUUGUAAAAUAAAGAUAUGAUCAUUACAUUUCAUUUUGAGUGAAUAUAGAGUGGAGGAUUAUGGAUGCAUAACCAGCCAGUGUUAAGGAAACUAGUUCAUCAUCAUAACUGAUACUAAACCUGUCUCUUGAACCUAUCCUCUGACAUUAAUGAGAACCUGAGUUCACUCAGACAAGGAAGCCUGAGCAGUCAUCAUCCUCUUCAGGGAAGUGAUUGUCAUGCUGAGUCUGAGAGUGAAAUCUCUCACAUUUGCAUACUGGGGAAGCCUGUCUCUGGUCCUAUUAGUGUACGGUGAGCCGCGGGCCCGAUGCAUGCUAUGAUCACCCCAGGAGACAGUGAGAAGUGGGAAACAUGUAAUUUGCACAGACAGGAGCGCGGCUUGGGAGAGACUGCUGGGGAAAUUGCCAGGGUCUUUUUUAUUUCACUUAAAGAAGGCUGGGGGAGCCUAUCACCACCUGUCUGCAUGCUGCACAGGAGGAUGGAUCAUCAUGAUAUGGACUGUCUCAUGCUUCAUGACGUGAUUGUUCAUUAUUGUACGGUUAAGGACCUGAAGUUAAAAAGUGGCAUUCUGAUG